UAGUUUUGUGGGUUGCAAGUAAACGUCGUGUAAUUCUCUACAUUUUCGGUAAGUGCAUUUUUAUUAAUACCGUUUUUAUCCAUUCCAAUCAUAGAUUUGGAGUGACAUAAUUUCAUUAUAUUUUAAUGUAAGAGUAAUUUAAAAAACAAGCAAAAUGGCUCCAAGUGGUAAUAAUAUGAUACCUAAUGGUCAUUUUCAUAAAGAUUGGCAACGUUAUAUUAAGACGUGGUUUAAUCAACCUGCUCGCAAAUAUAGACGCCAUCAAAAUCGUAUCAAGAAAGCAAAAGCUCUAGCUCCCAAACCUGCUGCUGGUCCUUUGCGGCCAGUAGUUCAUUGCCCAACUAUUAGAUACCACACUAAAGUUCGUGCUGGCCGAGGUUUUACUCUUCAAGAACUAAAGGGAGCUGGUUUAAACAAACAUUUUGCUCGUACUAUUGGUAUUGCUGUAGAUCCAAGACGUAGAAACAAAAGUGUAGAAUCUCUUCAAGUGAAUAUUGAACGCUUAAAAGAAUAUCGUUCCAAAUUAAUAUUAUUCCCUCUAAAGAGUAAGACAAAUAAAAUCAAGAAAGGAGAAGCUACUGAAGAAGAACGUAAAACAGCCAUACAAUUGAGAGGUAAAAUAUUGCCAAUUAAGCAAACUGUAAACACUGAACCAGAAGCAAGAGCAAUUACUGCUGAAGAAAAGAAAUUCAAUGCCUUUAAUGCUAUUUGCCAGGCAAGAAUUGAAGCUAAACUAGUUGGUAUUAAAGAAAAGAAAGCAAAGGAAGCUGCUGAAAACCCUGAAGCUGCCAAAAAAGCAGCUGAAAAGAAAGGUAAAGGAAAGAAGAAGAAGUAAACAUUUUAUUUGUUAUUUGACUUUUUAUAAUAUAACAAUUAAUAAACAAGUCAAAACUUGACAA